CUUCUGUGUUUUGGCAUGCAAGUCUGAAGGUUGACAACUUGCGCGGUUCUCUUCUGGCGUUGCGGUACCGGUUCUGGGGACGCCCAUCUCAUUCAUCCUUCCAUAAUUUGAACAAAAGAUCCACAGCAACAUGGAUCCUCCUUACCAAAGGUACACUGACUCUGUGAGAUUGAGCCGUGAGGAUGUUGCGGAUCCUCCUUGCCAAAGAUCCAUUGACUCUGUGAGCCGUGAGGAGUAUGAAGCCCUGCAAGCCGAGAUCAAGCAGAUGAAACGAACAAUGGCAGAGCUUGUGGAGCGUCACAAUGCCGGUGUCACUGAGAAUGUAUCGGACGAUGCAGAAGAUCCCACGCCAACUCCUCCAGCCACGUGUACCGAAACCAUCAAGGCAAAGACCAAAGAGCUCUAUGAGUCUCAAGCCACAGCUGUGGUACAAAUGGUUUCUUCCAUGGACUUGCUCAGUCAGUUUUCUUUAAAUACUGCUUUUCUCAUUGCUGCAGCUUCUGUGAUUGCCAAGUUCCUCUUUGCUUUCUUCUAUACUACUACUACGACAGCCCAAUGCACUCCUACCAAGACCAUUCUAGAUGGUGAUUGGUCAGCACAGACCUAUCAAGAUCUUUUCAAUACAGAGACACGCCAGUAUCUUUGCACCACACACUACCUGGACCAGUAUCAGUUUGCCGUUGGGAAUCAAAACGAACGUCAGAAAACUGAUCCUUUGUUUGGGUUUGAGGAGCCAUUUGUGGACUUGUCCACGUUUGAGUAUACAUGGGUAUGGACUGCAUUCAAAGGAGGGGUCUUGCGGAGCACUGCUUUUGAUAAUUGGGAACGUCUGGCCUUCAAACAGGGUGAUGAAACAUACUUUGUCUCGGACUGUGCCAGAGAAUGUGCCAAAAGGGACGCCCCCUAUGGUAUGUACGCCAUCAAUGGCCAAUAUCAAGAAGAAGAGUGUUUGUGUGGCUUUAGUACGUGGAAUGAUACAUGCCUUGCACACUACACUGGAGAUGCCGAGCACUGUGUUGUGUGGUAUGGGGACCUCUAUGAGUAUUUCCUCUGGAAUGAUACAAAAUUUAGUACGAACUUCCUUUUGUUCUCCAAGUAUGAUACUCCAGAACAGUUCCGAGAGUGUUCACAAGAAGAAGUAGAGACUCUGUGUCAGACGGAUAUUCUGGAAGAGGAACAGAGCAAGCCACCAAAGGUGCAGUGGGAUGGAUACAUUGAUGAUGAUGAUGCGUCCAUUCCUGAUGGCAUGUACUGGAAGCACUGCAGUUUGAAUGGCUUUAGUUGCUCCGAUUAUGGGCAUGACCAGUGCGAGCCAUAUGGACACGUUUGUGGUGAGACUGGUUACGAGGACGGUGGCUGGGAUGAGAGACAAUGCCAUGGCAUUGUCUCCGUAACCUACAUUACAUGCCCAGCUGUUCAUGUCAUCUUGGGGUCCAGUUUAGGAUAUCUCAGUUAUCUGGAGUUGGUGUUGGUGACGCUGUUGGCUUGCUUGGCUCUCUUUAUGCGUGGGGAGAACCCUGUGCACGUGUUCAAAGAAAACGCAAAGAUUCUUGCUUAUCAAGUCGCCAGGGAGCAGGUAAACAAGAAACUUGCGAAGUACCAAGGUGACAUCAACGAGACGUUGACCAAAACAGAAAAGGGGAAGAGAACAUCCGAAAAGGUGAACCUCAUAUAUGCUGCCACAUUGGAACAGGAAGGACUGCAAGGAACACUGGAACUUUCGGCGCCCGCACCUGCUCCAACCGAAGCACCUUCUUCCCCCGUUUCUCCAACCCCCAUUCUGCAGUCUGGUCAAGACACUGGCGGUGCUGAUGUCGCCGGGGCUGAUGAGGAUGUCAAAGAACUUGAUGAUGGUGGUAUCAAAGAAGUUGUGAUCGUUGAAAGCUUUGAUGAUGUAGCUCAUUGUUAGAAGUGCUCGGUUCGAUCGUCCCUGCGUGCCACAACUACAAAAGGCAAAUCGAUCACGCCCACCCCUUCCACAAAGGAAAAGAACGAUCCACUACAUGUGUGCAUGAAAUCGGCCAACUACAUAGCUUAGCUCAAACAACAAAAAAGGACAACUGUCCACAAAACCCAGAAACAGCCACAAAAAGAGAGCCGCAAACGCUGCCCUCAAAAACUCCACCAAAAAAUAUGUGUUGCAUUUUAUUAAAGGUCAAGUCGUCAUAGCCAAAUUCAUUCUAAAACUAAAUCCCUUGUAUAUGGCC